UUGAGGGUGGUCAAUGUAUUCUGAUGUAUCAUUAGCUGUCGCUAGAGACCAGACAUGUCUUCUGUACCGUCAAAUAAAAAAAUACAAAAGUUGAAAGAUGGAAGGAAAAAAAUUGUCUGAUAUAAAAAAAGUAUAAAUAAUUGCAAAGGUGAAAAAAAAAAAGGAAAAAAAAAAAAGAAAAAAGAAAAGAAAAGAAAAACAUGAAAGAAAAAAGAAGAAUGAAUUGGAAAAAAAAAAAUACUUGGGAAUUUUACAACAGUGGGUUGUAGAUGACAUGAUUUAUUUAGGAAAAAAGUAUAGUGAAUUUCCAGAAGAUAUUCCAAGAGAAUGAUGGGAAAGAAGGAGGUAGGAUGUGAAUUAUGAGGCUUCAACUUCAAUACAAGAGAGGGGGUGCGUCUUUGAAGAGGAAAGGAAAGAUGGGUUUGCAACUGUAGUUGCAGAGGUUCUCUGCUGUUGGAUGCUGUUGUUUGGUGCCUCAGGAAUGUGUCUAUUUGGCAAAUGUGGUGAGGGUACAUGAUCCUGCUUUCCUAUGGCCUAAGUUCUCUCUAAUUUGACAAUGGUGUUCAUCCAAAUCUCACUAAAGAUUAUUUAAUCAGUUAAAGAAAGGCCUCUUCUUCAUGGAUUGAUUGGUGCCAAUACGUAUUUAAUUUUAUAUAUAUGCUUCUUAAGGUUGAUUAUGCAUGCACACCUGAAGAAGUACAGCAGCAUUUCCAAUCAUGUGGCACAGUUAACAGAGUGACUAUACUGACAGAUAAAUUUGGCCAACCAAAGGGUUUUGCCUAUGUGGAAUUCCUUGAAACAGAAGCUGUUCAAGAGGCUCUUGUUCUGAAUGAAUCUGAGUUGCAUGGUCGGCAAUUGAAGGUUUUGCCUAAAAGGACCAAUGUUCCUGGUAUGAAGCAAUUCCGCCCUAGACGCUUCAAUCCUUAUAUGGGUUACCGCUUCAGGAGGCCGUAUGUACCCCCUUACUUCUACUCUCCUUAUGGAUAUGGGAAGGUUCCCAGAUUCAGAAGGCCAGCACGAUACAUGCCCUACUACUAGAAGACUGUUUGCAUCUGAUUGAUGGUUACAUCAUCUAGUAUAAGACCAUUAUAUUCGUAUUAUGAAUAGUUAAACUCUACUUAUCCUGGUAAUUCUAGACAGGAUCAUUAUUGCGGAAGUGGGUACAAAAUACAUUUAGCCUUAUUGUCAUUUAACGAUUUGUUUGUGAAUUAUGCACUCUAUGUGUGAUGUGAACUAGCUAAUAAUGGUUUUUUUUUUUUAUGGAAAAUAUUAUAGCAUAUUACAUUCUUUUCAUUUGGUCAAUCAUAUUUCUUUUUAUGCGUGUGGUCAACCUCA